AUGCCAGAAGUAAAGCAGGUCGCCUGCCUGGCGCGAAGACAAGGUUCGGUCAAUGGGGCCGAUCGCAUCCAGCAGACACUGGAGCGAUAUGAUCUUUGGCCAACCUCAUUGACGCUGAUACAAAAGAUCAUGGUGUUGGAAGGUGACAUAAUAGAACCCGAUCUUGGGUUGGGCACUGAACGUUUCACCUGGCUCACGAAUUGGGCCUCGGUCGUCUUUCACCUGGGUGCGAAAGUGAACUUCUGUGAAACUUACGCCUCUCACUACCCUUCAAAUGUUGUGGGAACCAAAAAUGUGCUACGAGUCGCAGCUUUGGGCAAGAGAAAAUCUUUCCACUACAUGUCCAGCAUCGAUGUUUGGGGGCCCACGGGGUUCAUCCUAGGCACACUCCGGGUCCUUGAAGAUGAUCCAUUAUUGCCGCAUCUGCAAGCCCUUCGAUAUGAUUUGGGAUAUUCGGCAAGCCAAUGGACAGCCGAGCAAAUGGUCCGGCGCAUGCGAGACCGGGACCUUCCCGUCGCCAUUCACCGUCCUGGGUACAUCAUCGGGGACAGCAAAACCGGCGCCUUGAAUCCAAAUGAUUUCUUCUCGCGGCUGAUCAUGGGGUGUAUCCAGAUAGGCGCUUUUCCGGAUCUUCAGCAGAACCUGGAAUAUUGCACUAUCGACUAUGUCAUCUCGGCCAUGGUUCACAUUGCCUCGUCGAAUCGUAACCUUGGCCGGUCCUAUAGUCUCUUAUCACCGGAUCCUUCGGCGUCUAUUACUGUCCGCGAUACCUGUCAGGUGAUCAAUGAUGCUGGUUAUCCCGUCAAAUUGAUCAGGUAUUCCCAGUGGCUCUCCAAGGUCACUGCUGGGCAACUUCCGGAUGGGCCUUUGGCUCCCUUGAUGCCCAUGUUUGAGGAGCGCGUUCUGGGAGAGUUGACCCGCUGGGAGGCGAGUCAGAACACGCCCAUCUAUGACUCAACCAACGCCUUGGAGGCUCUCAAAGAUCGCCCAGAUAUUCAGUAUAAGCCUCUGGACCCCGAACUUUUGAAGCUGAUCAUUUCGUUCUGGACUCGGAAGGGAUUUUAUGAUGUCUGA